AUGAACUCCGACUAUGUGAAAAAAUGCACGGACUUCCUGCAAAACAUACCGGCACACAAGCUGGCCGCAACCAAUGCCACUGCGGUUGGUCAAACCAAUCCGAACGACGGUGCGCAGCAGCAACCGCAAUCGAAGCCAUCGAUCGGCAAUAAAGCGGCUAAAAACCCCUCAAGAAGGGGUCAACCGGCGAGUCCUGCGGUCGUAGGUGUCGGCGGUAAAAAGCGCCCUAUUUGGCGUCAUCCUGCCGCCGGUCCUGUCGCACCACCGCGAUACAACCGGCCAGUCCCGACCGAGGAGCAGAAAUUCGUCCGAUCCUGCUGUCCCAGUUUAACGCACCGUGGGUCACGUCGGGUGGACAGUCGGUGGGAGGGAGAGUCGGACAAAAAUCCCGCACCCAUCUGCUGCCCUACGUUUCAUCCUGUCUGUGACACGAUUUCGCCGGUCGAAACGGUUCCGAAACAGACAGGCCGGGGUGACGGCGAUAACGUCAAUCACGCGGCCCAGGUCGGGAUGGACCAAUCACGCGAAGACAGCGAGGAAUCUGUGGAUUGCUCGACCAGCGAUAUAAAACUACAAUCGGCCAAUCAAUUGUCGGCCCAUCCAGUGGAUGGAAAGCUUUUUCAUUUCCAACCAUUGCGGACGGUGCAGUUUCUGUGUUUUGAGCUGAACAACAAGCUACGUUUGCUGGGUCCAGAGCACCGAGCGGUGUACAAAAUCGGCAAGGAGCUGUCGAUUGCGGUGCGAUUCUUAUGCGAACAGCAACGUGCAACGGAUGGCAGCAGCAGCAGCAGCGUGACGCAAAAGGCGGGCCCGAACGAGACGCAAACCAAACCCGAAUGCCGGGACUGUCAGCUGCUGCAGCGCGACCGGCAGGACGAUCGGGACCGGCACGCCCAGGAAAGCGCCCAGUUAACGGAGCAGAUUAAUUAUCUGCAGAGUCAACUGGCCGUGGCCACCGAUCUGGAGCGUGGUGUGGGUCGUACGGUGAAGGAGCAGUACCGGCGCAUGGAGGAGGAAAUCGCGAAGCUAAAGCUUGUGGUUGGUGAGAAGAAAACCGUCGAGCUGGUGCUGAUUAACGAUCUGAAGCGUAGUCUCAAGGAGUCGCGGGCGAAGACGCAACGGCUCGAGCGGGAACGGACUGAGCUGGAACAGCGUCUGAAGGAGGCGCAGAUGCAGAACGACCGGCAGGAGCUUUUCUUGAACGCACAAGCGAUGAACUUCAAACAGGUGAAACACGAGCUAAACCACAUUCACAAACUCUCGACCAAGCAGAUCGAAUAUCUCGACGAACCGAUCAAAUCGCUGUCCCCGAGCAAACAGCGUCACCGCUUGCCAUCGAUGCAUAAUUACACACCAGCCCUACAAUCGUCCGAAUGUGACACAACCAUCACCCUAUCCGUGGCCACUCGACCACCCCAGCCACCAUCGACGACAGCCUCUCAUCCAUCUGGCGAACUCAAGCCGCGAGUCGCUCGAACGGAAAGACGUAACCCCUCGGAGGCUUCGCGCGGAAUCACGUCCGAGACAAGCGCGAAACGAAUUUCAUCCCACACCGGCAGCAGUUUGAUCCUGCAAGAAUCAAUGCCUUCGUUAGCGUCCCAAUCGGAUCGUGAUAACUCGUCCCGCGGCUGGCGAUCCAGUUCGUCCUUGGACAUCGGAUCUGCGGGUUUGGGCCGCGAAACACCGCGCGAUGACAAUGGCCAAGAUAACGAACGGUGCGGUCUGGGAAUCAAUCGUCCCGAUCACGAACCAAACCGCAUCCGUCACCGGUCGGAUGCGAGCGCCUCGGAUUACGGUACCGGGCGUUUCCAUCGGAAGUUAACCGCGACCGAUGGACACGCUUCCGGCGCUGACCGGCGGUGGAAUCGCGAUGACAAAAUGCAACGUCCCGUUGGGUCAUCAUCCAGCGUGCCGAGUUCGUCAGGAGGCUCCGGUGAGGACGAUAAAAAUGGCCGCCACCGAAGCGAUCGGCCAGUGACACCCGACGGUCAUCGACAGUUCGUCACGGAGCUUGCUGAAAACAUAACACUACCAGCGUCACCGCGCCCAUUCCGGCACGAGCUCUCGCUGGUGCAGCUUUCCGAGGACGAACCGGUCGCCAGCGAUGACGAACUGGCGGGCGGAAUGUUGGACCCCGCACGGGAGGGUUACAGAAAAUUUACCAAGCAAUUACAACCCCACGUGCCGUGGGUGGAGACGAGCGCGAGCGGAGAAAAUUCCCAACCCAGCCACGAGGACGCUGCUCUCGAGUAA